CUUUUGUAUCCUUUGUCCUACAAUGCCCAAGCCUCCUACGUCAUUUCAACUUCAAACACGAGAGAGAAAGGGCCUGCUCAUGCUACCCAUCUCAAAAUCAUCAGUAUGAACACCACGACACCAUCCCCACCCGAUAGCCUCAUGUCAGCCAUCAUGCCCUCCUUACCUCUACCAACCAGUCUCGUCUGGAGCUGGACCACCAUCCUCACCGUGCUCACCCCCUCUUACCUCCUCCUUAUUCGCUACCUCCGCUUCCAGCGCCUGCACUCCUACCGCACCCGCUUCCCGCACUACUUUUCCCCGGAUGGCUCCCCCACCAAUCUGGACAAAAUGACCCUUCAAGACGCCCACCGAAUCCACAUGGACCUCUCCCAGCGCGAGUUUCCUUACCUCUACAGGCGCUCCCUCUUCUUCGCCCUCUUCAAGACCUACUCGAUCCCCUCCAUCUCGUCCCUUUUGCUAGCAACAGGCCAGCUUUCCGCGACCAAAAGCGCUUCCAAGCGAGCCACCGACACCGAGGUCCUGAUUGGGGAAAUCAUCAUCAACCCGCCCUGGGAGAAGAGGGGGCUGGAGGCGCUGGCGAGAAUGAACUGGUUGCAUGGCCGCUGGCAGAAGGCGGGACGGAUCAAGAACGGGGAUAUGCUGUACACGCUGAGCAUGUUUGCGCUGGAGCCGGCGAGGUGGAUCGGCAGGUGGGAGUGGAGGAAGGUGAGUGUGGUGGAGAGGUGUGCGUUGGGUGUGGUGUGGAGGGAGGUGGGGGAGUUGAUGGGGAUUGGGAUGGAGGAUUUGGACAGGUUUGGGAGGAGGAAGAAGAAGGAGGGGGAGGAGGGAGAAGAGGGGGAGAGUGGACUGGAGUGGAUGGAAAAGAUGAAGCGGUGGAGUGAUUGGUAUGAAGAUACGGAGGUGCGGUAUACAGAGAGUAACGAAAAGGUGGCGAAACAUACGGUGGAUUUGUUGCUGUUGAGCCAGCCAAGCUUCUUGAGAGGAGUUGGGAAAGGGUUUAUUGGGGUGUUGAUGGGGAAGAAGUUGAGAGAGGCUAUGAAUUUCCCCGAACCGCCUCAAUGGCAAGAAAAGACCCUAACCUGGAUCCUCCUCUUCCGCCGCUGGUUGCUCCUCCACCUCAGCCCUCCCCGACCCGAGUGGAUGGUUCUCCACAAAAUCGACAAGGACGUCGACCCAGCCACCGGAAAGUAUCACUACAACGUAUACGAACUUGACCCGUGGUAUGUGAAGCCGACGUUUUGGAAACGCUGGGGACCGUCGGCCCUACUGAGUCGCUUGGCUGGGGCUCCGGUUCCGGGUGAUGGGGAUAGCAGGUUCCAGCCGGAGGGCUAUCACAUCCAUGAGGUUGGCCCGGAGAAAUUGAGGGGACAGGGGAAGGAAGAGAUUGAGGAGAUGGUAAAGGAUUUGGAGAGGAGGAGAUUGGAGGUGUUGGCUAAGGGCGGUUGCAUUGGUGGUACCGGUGGGGGGAGGUGUCCUAUGGGACUUGCAUAAGGUAGGCUGUAUAAGCUAUACCUAGAUGUGAAAAAGCGGCAAUCGAUAGAAUGUAAAUAGGAUGCCCGCAUGGAGAGUGGAGGACAACGGCCGGUGGGAUCAAACAGGAGCAGUCACCUGCAUGCCUCAAGCUUAACAAGUACAGUCCGAUGCUGGUUUGUUUGUUAGCUCAGUACCUCUACACGACCUAGGCACCCCUACAGUAGAGGUACUAUAGGUACUCGAUCACUAGACGAAAUCAAUCCCGAAUAGUCCCAAAGAUUAC